AUGAUAGAUAAUAGGAAAACAAGGAAGAAACCACACCAGAGAACCCACCAGCCACCAGUACACAAAUCUUUGGAUCAUUUUUGCUGCUCCUCGACCCUUUCAGGCAACCCGAUUACCUCCUCUGGCAAGCGUAAGCAGCUGGUGAAGAUGACGUCGAUUGUGAUGAUCCCUGUGGUGGUGUUGACGGGUCUGACGGCAAACACAUUCUUCACCACCUUCACCAACUAUAUCAACUCCUCGCAGAUCAGAGACAUCCUGCUUUACAGUGUUGAGCUGGGUAAGGUCAUCCAUUUCCUUCAAGAAGAGCGCGACAUGAGUGCCCUCUAUCUCAGUGACCUUGGAAGGUCAAGGUCAAAGAGUCUUCUGCUACAACGAUACCCCGAGACAGACAGAGCGCUAGAGAAACUGCCCUUUUGGACCUCAGGCCCCACUCUGACGAGGGCGGAGUUCCAGUCCAAGGAUAAGUUCCUCUCCUACCUGAACAGACAUCGCUACGAACUGGACACGCUGAACCAAACAGUGACGCAGGAACUGGAGAUGUACACCAGUCUGAUCCGAGUGUUUAUCACAUGGCUCUACUCCGCUAUCACAGAGGCCCAGUCCGGCUUCAUAUGGCGGUCUCUCGUGGCGUAUCAAGAAGUCAUCAUUGCCAAAGAGUACAUGGGCUUGGAACGAGCUCUGGGCACCAUUUUCUACAUGGAGGGUCGUUUCCCCAGCCAGGACAUCUACCUGUGGUUCUCCGAGAGCCAGGAUGUGGCCAACGAGACUUUCCUGUCUGCCAGACGCUACUCGGACCUCGUCGCUGCCUUGUACAACAAGAAUAUUGAGGGUAACGAGAUGCUGCUGGUGGUCCUGGGUCGUAUGAGGGCAGAGAUCAGGCGGAACGACCGAGGAGGUAUCGGUUCCUUCAAGACGGCCGAGUUCUGGUUCAACAACAUGACCCGUUACAUGGAUCUCUUACUGGAGACGCAGAGAGAGCUGGCUGUGGAGAUCACGCAGGUGCUGGACGAACGACAGGAGAGUAACCUCCAGAAGAUGGUGGCCAUCUCCGUGGUGUUCGUCUGCGUGUUCAUCCUCUGUCCAGUCAUCAUCUACGCCGUCUACUCACUGACCAACGAGAUACAGAAAUACUCCAUCACACUUGCAGACAGGACCAAAGCGUUGAACAAGGAGAAGAAGCGGACGGACACGUUACUGUACCAGAUGCUGCCCAAAUCCGUGGCGGACCAGCUCAAGCGGAACGAGGUGGUCACGGCGGAGAACUUCACCGAGUCCACCAUCUUCUUCUCUGACAUACAGGGCUUCACACAGAUCUCUGCCCGCUCCUCCCCCAUACAGCCAGGUGUCCCCAAAAAGAAUGGCAAGCGUCAUGCUGCAGAGAUCGGCACAAUGGCCCUGGACCUCCUGGACUGUAUCCGUCGCCUGGAGAUACCUCACCUCCCUGGCACCAAGUUCAAACUCAGGAUUGGAUGCCAUAGUGGCCCUGUGGUGACGGGAGUAGUCGGCUCUAAGAUGCCCCGGUAUUGUCUGUUCGGUGAGACCGUCAGCAUUGCCGCAAAGAUGGAGUCUCUCGGAAAGCAUAACAGCUAUGAGGGCCAAUAUCGAGGAAAAGCCAGCAACAUUAUGUGA